AUGACACACGCAGACUCCAAGCAGUUAGACUACUUUGCAUCGAAUAAAAAACAAAACAGAAGAUUCUUCUGCCAACCAGCACUCAAUUUAUUCGAGCAUUUUACAGUCUUCCAGACAAUACCGCAUGAGAGAUACGACAUAGUAAGGUGCCUAGACAAAUACUUCAACAGAAAUACACCAGAAAAUACAGAAGCAGAAGAAUUCAUUCCUGUCUUGUUCAAGGUGGUUGAAGUACCAUGGCACUCCUCAGAGACAGAUUCCCCAAAAACUGCAGAUUUCCCAAGUCUAAGCGAAUAUGAGCUAGAGUACUAUGAUAUAUGGCAGCUAAAGUUCAUUCAUACUUUACUGCAGCACCAGAUAGAAAUAGACCAGCACAUGGAAAUCUUGCAAAAAGUCACAUGCCCAGCACUUACAAAAUUGUACGACCACAAGAAGACCCUGGAGGAUGCCCUAAAAAUACUAAAGAGACAUGCAUUUCUAUCCGCAGGCUGCCAUAAUAUCGUAGGAAUACGACAAAAUGAAUUUCUUUUUUUCAAAGACUAUGUGGAGGCAGUCACUGCCAACGUGGACAACCAAAUUAGGAUCGACCUAGUGCCCGUUAAUAUGUAUAACCCGACACUCCACAAGCAGAUAGAGGAUGGUCUAUGCCUUGGGACAAAGCAAUGGAUUAAUGAGAAGACAGUGCAAGGCAUGCAGUGGCACAAGAUCAUGGAGUUCAUUGAAUUCAAAGAGAAUUACAUUGCGACUGCCAUGAUCAAAGAACAAGAGCAAAAGACGCACCCUCCCCUUCCAGAGCAGCCAGACCCAGUAGAAGGCAAGGAAAAUAUUCUGGCAAAUAAAAAGACAGAAAGAACAAGUGCCCCAGAGACAGAACUAUAUUGCACCCACCACAGAAUAAAUACGCAUAACUCAGUUGACUGCUACGCCCUGAACAGUAGAGCCAAGGUGCCUUCUACUCUGGGAAAUUCUCAAAAAAUAUCUAUGACUGCACUGUCGGGUGGACAGAAGCAAACUGCUGGGUACAAGGGUGGGUGUGCAGGAUUUGAAGAAAUCUUAGGAAUGCCCCAGGCAAAGGGCAUAAUCAACAAGAUACGUGUAUAUUUCACGAUAAAUGCCAGCAUAGACUGCAAUCUCAUGAGCACAGCAGCACAGAAGAUGCUUGGUCUGCCGGACUUAUUUGACACUCGGUCAAAACGGGUCUUUGACCCACUUGGUGGCCAGAUUGAGCUUACAUCCGUGCACACGCAGGCUGAGAUACAACUGGCAAUAUAUAGUCAGUGCCAGUCAGUGCAGAAAUUCAUGAUAUAUCCGCAUAAGGAUGUAAAGGUAAUCCUGGGCAUGCAGUGGAUCCGGAGUAAUUACACCAUGUACAUACUCCAUUUAGUGCCGGUUGAGAAAAGAAAAGAAGUCAUUUCGGGUUUGCUGAAGCAUCAGACAUCUCCCACGUAG